GCCCGCCGUCAGAUGCCUUUCAGACCAGACCCCGCUCCCUAGGAAAUGCCCCGUGAGGGUGGUGCCUCUGGAAUGCCCAGGGGUCCUGUGAGCUGGUUCCCAGAGGGCCCCUGCGGCACACGGCGCGGGAAGGCACGCAGCGGGCUGGGGUUUUUCCUGUUGCCUGGCUGCUGACCCCCUACAGGAAGAUAACGGACAAGCCAGGAGGGCGGAGCAGCUUGCCACACAUGUCUGGCUGCUCUUAUCAACUUAUCAUAUAAGGAACGGAGAGGGACUGAUUCGGAUCCUGACAGGCAGAGUCUGGGGGCAGAGAGACAAAGAAGCAGACACUGGUCUGCCGGCGGACACAGCCCUCCCCAUCUGCGGGGUCACACUCCCUGCCACGCUCUGACAGCUGCCCGGGGCUCCCCGUCUGCUGCUGGGGGAGCAGGAGACAGGCUCCCACGGAUGGACCCUAAGCCGUGCAGCUGAGCCCUGCGCCGGAGAGGGCAGCUUAGGACCCGGGUCCCAUGUGCCUUGGAGAUUACUGAGCUGCUGGGCUGUUACCCGAAGGAAGAAGAAAGAAUGUGGCAGAUUGUUUUCUUUACCCUGAGCUGGGACCUCGUCCCGGCUGCAGCCUAUCGGAGGGGCAUGGACAGUGUCGGGAGGAGGCAGUACCAGGUCCAGCACGGCGCCUGCAGCUACACGUUCCUGCUGCCCGAGACUGACAACUGCCGCUCGCCCUCCAGCUCCUACGUGUCCAACGCCGUGCAGAGGGACGCGCCCCUCGACUACGACGACUCGGUGCAGAGGCUGCAGGUGCUGGAGGACAUCAUGGAAAACAACACCCAGUGGCUGAUGAAGCUGGAGACCUACAUCCAGGACAACGUGAAGAAGGAGAUGGCGGAGCGGCAGCAGAACUCGGUGCAGAACCAGACGGCGGCGAUGAUCGAGAUCGGAACCAGCCUGCUCAACCAGACGGCCGAGCAGACGCGGAAGCUGACUGACGUCGAAGCCCAGGUGUUGAAUCAGACCACGAGACUCGAGCUUCAGCUUCUGGAACACUCUCUUUCUACAAACAAGCUGGAAAAGCGGAUUCUGGAUCAGACCAGUGAGAUCAACAAGCUGCAAGACAAGAACAGCUUCCUGGAGAAGAAGGUGCGCGACAUGGAGGACAAGCACACGGCCCAGCUCCAGUCCAUGAGAGAGGAGAAGGAGCGGCUGCAGGGGCUCGUGUCCAAGCAGAGCUCCGUCAUCGGCGAGCUGGAGCGGCAGCUCGAGACGGCGGCCGUGAACACCUCGGCCCUGCAGGAGCAGCAGCGCGACCUGAUGGAGACCGUGCACAGCCUGCUGACCCUGAUGUCCGCGCCCGGCUCAGCUAAGAGCACCCCCGCCGCCAAGGACGAACCGGUCAUCUUCAGAGACUGCGCGGAGGCGUUCAAGGCAGGCCUGACCACCAGCGGGGUCUACACGCUGACAUUCCCCAACUCCACCCAGGAGAUCAAGGCUUACUGCGACAUGGAAACUGCCGGAGGGGGGUGGACCAUCUUUCAGCGGCGUGAAGAUGGCAGCGUUGAUUUCCAGAGGACUUGGACGGAAUAUAAAGUGGGCUUCGGGAACCCCUCCGGCGAGCACUGGCUGGGGAACGAGUUCGUCUCGCAGGUGACCAACCAGAAACGCUACGUGCUGAGGAUCCGCCUCACAGACUGGGAGGGCAACGAGGCUCAGGCCCUGUACGAGCACUUCUUCCUCUCCGGCGAGGAGCUCAACUACAGGAUUCACCUUAAAGGACUUACAGGGACAGCCGGCAAAAUCAGUAGCAUAAGCCAACCGGGAAAUGAUUUCAGCACGAAGGACGCAGACAAGGACAAAUGUAUUUGCAAGUGCUCACAGAUGCUCACGGGAGGCUGGUGGUUUGAUGCAUGUGGUCCUUCCAACCUGAACGGAAUGUACUACCCACAGAAGCAGAACACUAACAAGUUCAACGGCAUCAAGUGGUACUACUGGAAGGGCUCCGGCUACUCGCUCAAGGCCACGGCCAUGAUGAUUCGACCCGUGGAUUUCUAG